GGAGCGUAAGUCAAACAUGGCGUCGGCGGUGCUGGCUCUGAGGACGCGGGCAGCGGCCCUGCUGAGCCCCUGUCCAGCUACUGCUCUCGCCAUCAGAAAUGCAUCCAAGAAGACAGGUGGCAGCUCCAAAAACCUCGGGGGAAAGUCAUCAGGGAAACGCUUUGGCAUCAAGAAAAUGGAAGGUCACUAUGUUCAUGCCGGCAACAUCCUUGGGACUCAGCGCCAUUUCCGCUGGCACCCAGGUGCUCAUGUGGGGCUGGGGAAGAGGAAGUGCCUGUACGCCUUGGAAGAGGGGAUAGUCCGCUACACUAAGGAAGUCUACGUGCCCAAUCCCAGAGACUCAGAGGCUGUGGAUCUGGUCACCAGGUUGCCCAGGGGUGCUGUGCUCUACAAGACUUUUGUCCACGUGGUUCCUGCCAAACCUGUGGGUACUUUCAAACUGGUGGCUAUGCUUUGAUGCCAUUUGGAGCCCAGGUGACAGAAGCUGAGGGUUGAAAUGAUGAUAAGUCCUCCUGAGGAGGAGAUGUGCUUGGUGGACAAGUCUCUGCAGGAGACUCUGUGAAAUGACUUCCGAGAAAUUCUUUGGGAGACUUGACCUGGGACCAAAAAUAAAGUUAUCCAGUCACAAGCCUGUGCUACUUGGUUACA